CGAAUUAUCUUCUACUUUGUGCGUGAGAUCCGACGUUUCUCGGCGACAGCAAUAUCGCCGGGACGCGUCGCCGCUUCGCAGUUUCCGUCGUCGCCGGAACAGAAUUAACCUCAACCUCAACGCGCUGCGUACGGCGGGUUAAUCUCGCGCGACAAUCGCCGUCGCGCUCGUCCGACCAUGAAUAAUUUCAGCGAGCAAUAAAUGUUUGCGUUUCAAGGCAACGCUCAUAAGAUGAUCUCAUAGUCUCUGGGAAUACGGUGUUCUCAGGAUAGUUUGCGGCUUGUUAAGAAGCUUCCUGGUGGCUCGAUUGGUUACUGUUACUUUCACCGUCGUUCUUUCACAACCGUUAACACAUGCCUCUGUCUUUCUCCCUCUUUCUCUUUCCCUUCGCAUUGUUGUGAUAUUUAUUUGGUCAUGUCGUUGAGAAAGAACGCUACCUCGUCUGUAAUUUCGCCGGUUUUGCGCGAAACAGAUGAGUCUUCUAAUGUUGCCAUUAUUCGGGAGGUAUAUGACAGUGAGAAUGCUCAUGAGACAUUCGAGUAUGAGUUAGAGAGGGCUCUAGAAUCAGAAUGCAGUUUAAUUGUUAUCGAGCCAUCGAAAUUAGGUGACGAAACCUCUAGAUGGAUAGCAGUAGGCAAUUGUCUUCAUAAGACUGCUGCUUUAUCAGGUCUAGCUGCGAUUGUCACAGGUUUAAUCUGGGGCGAUCGACCAUACAUUUGUGGUCCAUUAGGUUUCACCUCAAUUAUAACCUGCGGUUUAUAUACAGUCUCAUGGCAAUUUGAUCCUUGUUGCCAAUAUCAAGUAGAGACUGACACCAGCAAACUACCACAUGUAGAGCUAUUAGCUGUUUUAGGUCCAUCAUCACCAACGUUUCUUGUAAGGAAAGAUGAUACGAGGAGACGAAUCCUUCAUACAACUAUUACACUGGCAGCAUUUGGCAUUACUGCCUGGAGAUUUUAUCAGGCAUUUAAGUGAAAGAAUUAUCACCGAUGGCUGGCUUUGACUUAUGCCAGAGAGAAGCAGUGAGGUGAAUGCUGAGAUUAUGUGAUUUCAUAAAUGCAAGUAAAAAACAGAUUUGACCAGAGUUUUUUAUAUUUGGUACACCAUUUCCCUAAAACUUUACAUUUGAUCUCUGUCUCAGUAAAAUUGUCAAAGUUAUAAUCAUAUUACAAAGUUGCAAAGACCGUACACACACACAAUCUGGCUACAAUGGAGGAGAAUAGAAAUAUCGAUAUAAGUGUUCUUAGAGCUGCGGAAUUUUUGCGAUGGUACAGCCGAAAGGAUGGAUUAGCGUUAUGUAUUUUUAGAUUGUAAAUAAAGAAAAAUAGGUAGAAAUGUACACAGUACAUACAGCAUAUUGAGGAGUA